UUGUUAUCUAUGCGCAACCCAAAGUCGCGACCUUGUCAUGACCUACUAAUAUCAGUCGUCCCCCUUUCCUUCUUCAUCCUCAUCCUCACUGUAUAUUCAAUCCGUGCAUGUUGCAGACAAGCAUUGCACUUGAAUACAGCCAUGAGAAUCACAGUUACCCAAAAGCCGAUGCCUGUGUGCAUCUCUACUUCCGUCUCAAGCCCCAGUGCUGCGGUGGCUGAACAAUAAGCCCCGUACCAUUGAUGCUUUAGGUGACUCAAUAGUGAGAUCCUUGAAGCGACGAGGGCCAGGCUGCUCUUGUUACAACACUUUUCUCAUAUCAACUCUCUCACGGCGAAGCCGACUACAAUUCGAGGAUACAGCGACUUGAUUUUCUUGAAUCUUGCCUCCUCUACAACAUCUACCAAAAUACCAUUGCAAGUAAACAAAAUGCAAAGUCUAUCAGCACCCAUCAAAUCGGCGACUCUGAUUCUGUAGUGAAAUUGUAUAAUCGCGUACGUGGUAUACGGACGAGGACCGUUGUUGUCGUCUUUACAUGCAGAUAUUUUGUCCACUCAAAACCCAAUCUUUACAAUUCGGCCGAAUAUACCUGCCAUCUAUCCCCAAAGCCUUUGUAUAAGACGUCCGAUCAAGUUGACGUCUGUAAAAAUGGCACCGAAAACGCCCAAAAACCAUUGCCUUACUGAGCUUCCAACUGAGAUCCUUCUGGACAUCUAUCAACAACUAGACCUGGAUGGUGUUUUCAACCUUUGCGCCACUCACAGGACGCUACACGAACUCUUUGACAAGAGAAAGGCCUCGAUAUUACUUCCUGUCCUCGUCAAGGAGUUCAGUCCGUUUGAUGAGCUCCUCCAGGUUUAUACGGCUUCAGCUGAGGAUCUCGAUUCCCGCGGUGGACUGUAUGCUCCACGUAGAGUCGUGUUUAGGCGAUUCCUCGGAGACACUGGGGUGGUGUUAGCUCCGCUUUCAGAGCAUCAGCCUGCCGUAUCAGUGGACGCUGUUGAAGGGUUCAUCACGCUGGACAAGCCAGGCAAACCCAUCAUACCCCGUGCUCAAUCAUUGAAAACUGUUGUUCUGACUGAGAACGAUCUGAAGCCAAUUCUCAGUUGCUGUUCCCUUGUACUGAGAUGGCAAGCCAGGUUCCCUCAGAUGAGAUGGUUUCACGAGCCUGAAAAUUGUCGUCUGCUUCGCGAGCAUGAGGCUGAGAGGUUCCGCAGAGCCAUGUAUCGAUGGUGGCUCUAUGGUUUCUACUUUCACGGAGAUAUCCCCCGACCUCGUGUUGGGCUUCCAGAGCCAGGUGUGGAUGACGUUAGACUGAGUCAACUUCGAUUAUACUCCACAGGCGAGCUGAUAGAGCUGAUGGACCUGGUUGAAACCAUGAAGGAUGUCGUCCUCCACUAUCUCUGCCCGCGGCUUGACCCUAGUCAAGACGAAUAUGAGGGUUGCGAUUCGUAUCUUUAUGAUGUUGUCGACCGAUCUGACUCCUUGGUAAGAGGCUGGCGGGAUCAGAGUCGUUGGGGCCGUAUUGUAAAGACUUACUGCAAACUUGGCCCUAAAGAUCUCAUGCAUCUGUUUGAGAACAUCUAUAGCUACCCUAGAAAACGCCUCAUUGCGGAAGCUCGGUCUCUUCAACCAAAUCUCACUUUCGACCAAGAAUCUAUCUCGGUGUCAACACAAUGUGUCCUGGACGAGCGACAUUGGUCCUUGAACAUGCCUACUUUGCCUGUGGAUGGCCUGGGAGGUGUGAUUGACUGGGAUGAUGAGCGCGACGCUGAACGCGUCAAGUUUGGAAGUGAUGCCAGUCUGGAUGGGACAUUGCCAGGGGGGGCUCGGAUGCUUCGGUCUUCAUCUCACUAUUCGCCUCGUGGGGAUGACGGAUCUUAUCUAGAAGAUGUCCAGCGACAGACAAGGAUGGAGGGUAGGUAUAUGGUUUCGUUCGUUUAGGCCUGAGUGCUGUCGAUGGACAUAUUCUCGCUCCUUUCGUUAACCACGAAGUUUACGGAUGGUCGCAGUAUUUGUUACUUGCUGCACGUGGAUCGUCAGAUAGCGUCGAAAUUAAGCCCAAGGCUUCUCCUAGGUAUAUUAGAAAUGGAUUCUCUCAUUGAGUACUUGGCCGUAGUGUCUCCUGAAUCGCCUAAUGCUGAAUGCUACGGUCUCGCCAGUGC